GGCUGCCGUUGGUUUUAAGGCGGAGCGCAGCCGGAGACUGAUGCCAAGACCCACUCCUCCUAAACUAGCCUCAGUACUCUGCGCCCGCUCCCCGGAGGCCCCGCAAACCCAGCAGCUCGUCCCUGGCCUGUGGCUGGCCCCUGGUCUCCCGCACCUCGUUGUUCCGGGUUUCUUUUCAGUUUCCCGCGGAACCGUCUCUUGAAGACAACCAACCGCGGCCGAGCGUGUUGCAGCCUGGCCAACCACAGGCGCGGUGGGCGGUGGCGGGGACGAGUGUUGAGCUUCUGGCCAGGGAGAGCCAGCCCGGCCGCGACCCGAGGGACGGCCGGUGUGGUGCAGAAGUGGCUUCUUGCGGUUAGGGUGAAGACAUCGUUGGGACCAGCCUCCACCCAUGAGAAGACCCCUUCGGAUAACGGUGAUCUGCCUCGGCGACAAUGUCCAGCCAGAUCGUUCCAGCCCUCCCCAAAACAUUUACCAGUAGUCUGGACCUGUGGAGGGAAAAGAAUGACCAGCUUGUUAGACAGGCUAAGCAGCUGACUAGGGAUUCUCGUCGGUCUCUGAGGCGACAGCAAUCCGCCCAAGACACGCUGGAAGGGUUUAGGGAGCUCCUCCUCACUCUGCAAGGACUCCCUGCUGCUGUUCCUGCUCUCCCCUUGGAGCUGACUGUCAUCUGUAAUUACAUAAUCCUGGGGGUUAGCCUAGUCCAAGCUUUCACUGAAGACCUUACCCAAGAUCUUCAAAGGGGCCUGGAAAGAGUGCUGGAGGCCCAGCAUCAGCUGGAGCUCAGGCCACAGCAGGGACUCAAGGAGCUGUGGCACUCUGUCCUCUCUGCUCCCUCCCUUCCGCCGGAGCUGCUGCCUGCCUUACACUGCGUGGCCAGCCUUCAAGCUGUCCUCUGGAUGAGCGCUGACCGCCUGGAGGACCUCACCUUGCUGUUACAGACCCUAAAUGGCAGCCAGACUGAGACCUCUGAGGAUCUGCUACUAUUGCUAAAAUCCUGGAGUCCUCCAGCUGAGAGGCCACACACUCCACUGAUUCUGCAGGAUGCCGAGAGUUUGAGGGAUGUCCUCCUGACAGCAUGUGCCUGCCGCCAAGGUUUCCAGGAGCUAAUCGCAGGGCGCCUACCCCACGCACAGAGCCGCCUGCAUGAAGCAGCCUCAGGCCCGUGUCCGCCGUCUGUGUUAGUCCAAGUGUACACAGCACUGGGGAUGUGUCUCCGUAAGAUGGGAAAUCCACAGAGAGCACUGUUGUACUUGACUGAAGCUCUGAAAGCGGGAACAACCUGUGCCCUUCCGCUUCUGGAGGCUUCCAGAGUCUAUCGGCAGCUAGGAGACGUAGCCGCAGAGCUGGAGAGCCUGGAGCUGCUGGUUGAGGCCUUGAGUGCCACCCAUAGUUCUGAAACAUUCAAACUUCUCAUUGAAGUAGAAUUGCUACUUCCACAACCUGAUCCAGCCUCUCCUUUUCACUGUGGCACACAGAGCCAGGCCAAGCACCUGCUAGCAAGUCGGUGUCUACAGACUGGGAGGGCAGAAGGUGCUGUGGAACAUUACUUGGACCUGCUGGCGCUGUUGCUGGAUGGCUCAGAGCCAAGGUUCUCCCCACCCACCUCUCUAGGGCCCUGUAUGCCGGAGUUGUUUCUGGAGGCAGCAGCAGCGUUGAUCCAGGCAGGACGAGCCUUGGACGCUUUGACUGUGUGUGAGGAGCUACUCAGCCGUACCUCACCUCUGCUUCCCAAGAUGUCCUCCUUGUGGGAAAAUGCCAGAAAAAGAACUAAAGAACUGCCAUAUUGCCCAGUCUGGGUCGCUGCCACCCACCUGCUUCAGGGCCAGGCCUGGUCACAACUCAAGACCCCAAAAGAGGCACUUAGUGAAUUUAGCCAGUGCCUGGAGCUGCUCUUUCGGGCCCUGCCUGAGGACAGAGAGCAAGCGGCAGGCUUCAACUGUGAGCAGAAGUGCAGGUCUGACGUGGCUCUGAGGCAGCUUCGAGCGGCUGCUCUGGUUAGUCGUGGACUGGAAUGGGUAGCCUGUGGCCAGGACACCAAAGCCUUAAGUGACUUCCUCCUCAGUGUGCAGGUGUGCCCGGGCAAUAGAGAUGGUUCCUUUUACCUGCUUCAGACUCUGAAAAGAUUGGAUCGGAAGAAUGAGGCCACUGCUUUCUGGCAGGAGGCCCAAAGUCAAGUGCCGCAGGAAGAAGCCUCUGGGUCUCUUCCACUGUAUUUAGAAACCUGUUUGAGCUGGAUCCAUCCCCCUAACUGUGAAGCCUUCCUUGAGGAGUUUGGGACGUCGGUGUUGGAGUCUUGUGACCUUUAGCCUCCUUGUUUCCAGGAGCUUGAACUUUGGCCUCUGUGGACUCCCUCCUUGGGGAGGGCUUUUUUUUUCUUCCUCUUCUGUGUUAUCCUUUUUGGUGAAUGGCUGGAACUGUUUGUUUCUAAGUAACUCCUUCUCUCAGGAAGCUGGUCCUGAGAACCUUGAUCUACUUACUACCAGUCUAGUUCCAGAACGGUUCCAUGAGCAAAUCACUGUCUGCUCAGGGCACUUCCCUCCUCCCUCCUCUCUCUCUCCCUCCUCCCUCCCUCCAUCUAUCCCUUUCUUCCUUCCUUCCUGUCUUGUGUGUGUUGAGUAAAAUCUUCUGUUUAUGUCUUAUCUGCUCACUACACAUAGAUGAAUGGGGAGGAAAGCUCACGGCGAACUAGUUGGGUAUUGGCUAUGUAAGAUGCUCUAUUUCCAACAUCCAUCUUCUGUCUGCCUUUCCUGUCUCCCUAACCCCCCCCUCCCUCCCACUGUCUUUUUGGUAGGUUAGAUUCUGGGGACUAAACUCCAGUUCCUCACAUAAAUCCCCAGUCCCUCCCCUUUACCCACCCCACCAUCUACCGUAAGAGCGUGAGGUAUGAGUCUGAAAAGAGGGCCACAUUAACCCCGGGGAGGCAGUGGCCUAGUCCUUUUUAAGUUAUUAUUAAAACUUUGAAUUGCUUA